AUGGUAUUGUUAAAAGGUAGAGAAUUAUUUAUUGCAAUGAUUGCAGCAAUAUUUAUAAUUGGAUUUAUUACCAUUUUAAGUUUUGAUGGUGGAAUGAAUAGAGGAGGUGAUAACCCAUUACCACAAAAAUGGAGAAAAGUUGGUGUUCAACCAAAGGUUGAAACUACCACUACCACCACCUCCACCUAUGUAAAUUUACAAAAUACAGGUAAUCAAAUAAAUCAAGGUAAUCAAAAUAUUGAAGGUGGUGGUCAAGGUACACAAUAUGAUAAAAAUAGAAGAAAAUUACCAAGAAUUAAAAAAGGACAGGUUAAUCCAUUCAAUAAGAUUGAUAAAGUUUAUAAAGAGAAUGAAGAUUUAAAUAAAAAAAGAUCACUUUUGAUUAGAGAGGAGAUGAAAUUUAGUUGGGAAAAGUAUCGUGAAUUUGCAUGGGGUUAUGAUGAAUUAAAACCAGUGGAGAAGAGAGGUCACGAUUGGUUUGGACUUGGUUUAAGUAUUGUAGAUUCAUUGGAUACACUCUAUUUGAUGGGUUUGGAUAAAGAAUAUAAAGAAGGAAAAGACUGGGUUGAGAAUGUAUUAAAUCAUAGAAAAGACACUGGUAAAAAGGUGUCAGUAUUUGAAACCACCAUUAGAUUCUUGGGUAACUAUAAUACAAUGUACAGUUUAACAGGUGAACAAUUAUAUUUGGAUCUAGGAAGAGAUAUUGCCGAUUUGCUUCUAUAUGCAUUCAAUGACCAUUCACCAUUCCCUGCAAGUUUUGUAUCAUUAACAGAUCAUAAAGUUUCUUAUCAAAGAUGGGCUGGUGAUUGUAUUAUCCUUUGUGAACCAGCUUCAAUGCUUUUAGAACUUAAUGAACUCUCUAGAAUAACUGGUGAUCCAAAAUACAAGGAAUACUCUGACAAAAUCGUUGAUGCAUUGGCAUCAAUGAAACCUUCGAUUCCAGGUUUAUAUCCAACUUUUAUCACACAAGAUGGCAAAGGAUUCUGUAAUAAUAAAAUAUCCGUUGGUGCCAUGGGUGAUUCGUUCUAUGAAUAUCUCUUGAAAAUGUGGAUCUAUCAAGAUGGUAUUGAAGAGAGAUAUAGUGAACUUUUCCAACUUUCUGCCGAUGCAAUCAUUGAACAUCUCUACAAAGUAAGUAAAAAAGGUGAUGGUUUCAUUACCAAUUUAGAUGGAGGCUCGGUUUCAAACACUCAAGAACAUCUUACUUGUUUUGCUGGUGGUAUGUUUAUGUUGGCCGCUGCUUCAAAUAUCACUGGCGAUGAUGAAAAGAGUGCUCUCUAUAUGGAGGUUGGUGAAAAGGUAACUAGAACUUGUGCUAAAACCUAUGAUAUCACUCCAACUGGUCUUGGACCAGAAAUAGCCUACAUUGAACCAGACUCUGGUGAUAUUAGAUUCAAUGGUUAUAAAGCUGAUAGUUCGUAUAUUUUACGUCCUGAAACAAUCGAAUCAAUCUUUGUUGCAUAUCGUUUAACUGGUAAUACAGAAUAUCAAGAAAUGGCUUGGAAAAUAUUUCAAGCAAUCGUUGACGUUUGUAAAACUGAACAUGGUUAUGUUGGUCUUAACGAUGUGUCAAAUAGUUGGGCAUUUCAAGAUUUUCAACAAAGUUUCUUUUUGGCUGAAACACUAAAAUACCUUUAUUUAACUUUCCAACCAUCAUCUUUAGUUCCAUUAGAUAAAUAUGUUUUUAAUACUGAAGCUCAUCCAAUCGAAAUUCAAUAUAAAGAUUAA